CAGUGGCUUUGACUUACAGUGCGCUUGAUCGGGUUUCGGUGGGUCUUGUUUUGUAACGAUUCUCGCAUAACUAAAAUACCUAUGGGACGAUCGAAAGCGGCAUCGUGGAAAACCGCCGCAAUUCAGGACGAAGACGACGUCUAUGGAGAUGAAUAUGAAGGCUACGUAGACAAUGAAGAGGAAGAAACAUAUACCAGUGAGGAUGAAGAACAAGGUAUGGAUGAGGACGAAUUUGACGAAGACGAAGACGAAGACGACGUAGAGGAUGAAGAAGAGGAAGACGAAGAGGACCAAAAAACUAAAAUGGCCAAGUUGAAACGAACUCUCGCUCACGUUUCGUUUGAACAAUUGGCUGAAAUCAAGAGUAAAAUGGGCAUGAAGGAAUUCAGCAAAGCCAGACGAGGAACAGAAGUUGAAAAAAAACCCAUUGCAUCUAUAUCCCGAGAGCAGAUCGCCAAGGAUCUACAUGCAGCAAAGAAGAAAGCCAGUGACGGCAGCAAAGUCAAACGCACAAAAGAAGACAUGAAACGAAGUAGCAAGCAUAGUCCGAUGGAGAUGUCUUCAAAAAGAGCGGUGGGUCGUUUCCGUCAAGUUGUCGAAGCACCAGCAGCGAAACGAAGAGAUCCACGGUUUGAUAAGUUAUCUGGUCAUUUGAACCAAGAGCUGUUUGAAAAAUCCUAUGAAUUCUUGAACGACUACAGACAAUCGGAGAUUGCCAUGCUCAAGGAGAGCAUUCGAAAAGAAAAGGAUCCAGAGGAGCGUGAGAAAAUGCAACUCGUACUUACAAAGAUGCAAUCUCGCGAAUAUGCUGAGAAGGAAGCGAAACGCAAGCAGAAUUUGGUGAGAGAAAGAAAGAAGAAGGAAGCCGAACUAGUGGAACAGGGCAAGAAACCGUACUUCUUGAAACGAUCCGAGAAACGCAAGAUGGAAUUGAUCGAUAAAUAUAAGCAAUACGGCGAGAAGAAUAUCGAGCGUAUUCUCGAAAAACGACGCAAGAAGAAUGCGGCAAAGGAUCAUCGUCGCAUCCCUUUCAAAAGACGAUCCGAGUAGACGGAUUCAUGCACCGACCCACCAUUUUAUUCAAGACACUGAUCAUGAUUACCACUUUGUUGGUAUUUUGUACCAUAUCGCAUACAAUAAACUUAAAAUCGUAUAUCUUGGAAUGUAUCACUGUUACCUUGCUGAACACUGCCAAGAAAC